GAACCGGGGUACUAGAGCUCUGCGGCCCCGACAGCGCGGCGGCGGCGGCUAGGAGUGAGCCCGGGGGGGCGGGGCUUAGAGCCCCGCCCCAGCACUGCGCUCCUCCCCGCCGCCCCUGGGCGGAGUGAGCCAAGGGUUGAGCGAUGCUCAGCGUCCACGCCUCAGUGGGCCUUUUGCAGCCGUUGCGAAAACCCGGAACGAAGGUGUUGUCGCCGAGCGGCGGAGCGGCGCCGCCCCUCGCCGCACCUCCCCGGCAGCCCUCGGAGGCCUUGCUGGGCAUGCUCAGUCGUCAGGGCCGCUUGAGCUCUCGGAGUCGGAAGCUUGGGGCGCUGGGCUGGUAAGGACCCGCGGCGGGGCGAAGAUGGAGUCCUUUACCAAUGAUCGACUUCAGCUUCCAAGGAAUAUGAUUGAAAACAGCAUGUUUGAAGAAGAACCAGAUGUGGUAGAUUUAGCCAAAGAACCUUGUUUACAUCCUUUGGAACCUGAUGAAGUUGAAUAUGAGCCCCGAGGUUCGAGGCUCCUGGUGCGCGGUCUUGGUGAGCAUGAGAUGGAUGAGGAUGAAGAAGAUUAUGAGUCAUCUGCAAAGCUGCUGGGCAUGUCCUUCAUGAACAGAAGCUCAGGCCUUCGGAACAGUGCGGCAGGCUACAGGCAGAGUCCAGAUGGGACUUGUUCAGUACCCUCUGCCAGGACUUUAGUGAUCUGUGUUUUUGUCAUUGUGGUUGCGGUCUCUGUAAUCAUGGUGAUUUAUCUACUGCCUAGAUGUACCUUUACCAAAGAAGGCUGCCACAAAACAAACCAGUCAGCGGAACUCAUUCAGCCAGUUGCUACAAAUGGGAAAGUGUUCCCAUGGGCUCAAAUUAGGCUUCCCACUGCCAUUAUUCCUCAAUGCUAUGAACUUAGCCUACAUCCAAACCUAACCUCAAUGACAUUCAGGGGUUCUGUGACAAUUUCACUUCAGGCUCUUCAAGACACACGGAAUAUCAUUCUCCAUAGCACAGGACAUAAUAUUUCAAGAGUGACAUUUAUGUCAGCAGUUUCAAGUCAAGAAAAACAAGUUGAAAUUCUGGAAUAUCCAUAUCAUGAACAAAUCGCCGUUGUUGCCCCUGAACCUCUUCUGACAGGACACAAUUAUACCCUGAAGAUAGAGUAUUCAGCAAAUAUAUCUAACUCUUAUUAUGGGUUUUAUGGCAUCACCUACACAGAUAAAAGUAAUGAGAAAAAGUACUUUGCAGCAACUCAGUUUGAACCUCUGGCAGCAAGAUCUGCUUUUCCUUGUUUUGAUGAACCAGCAUUUAAGGCCACAUUUAUCAUCAAGAUCACAAGGAAUGAGCACCAUACUGCGUUAUCAAAUAUGCCUAAGAAGUCAUCGGUCCCUGCAGAAGAAGGACUUAUUGAAGAUGAGUUUUCUGAAAGUGUGAAAAUGAGCACAUACCUGGUUGCUUUCAUUGUAGGGGAGAUGAGGAACCUGAGUCAGGAUGUAAAUGGAACUCUGGUUUCUGUGUACGCUGUACCAGAAAAAAUUGGUCAAGUUCACCAUGCCUUGGACACAACUAUAAAGCUCCUUGAGUUUUAUCAAAAUUACUUUGAAAUUCAGUACCCACUUAAGAAAUUGGAUUUGGUGGCCAUUCCUGACUUUGAAGCAGGAGCAAUGGAAAACUGGGGCCUGCUUACAUUCCGAGAAGAGACUCUUCUGUAUGACAAUGCAACUUCUUCAGUAGCAGAUAGAAAACUGGUCACUAAAAUCAUUGCUCACGAACUGGCACAUCAGUGGUUUGGUAAUCUGGUUACAAUGCAGUGGUGGAAUGACCUGUGGCUAAAUGAAGGCUUUGCCACUUUCAUGGAGUAUUUCUCUGUGGAAAAAAUAUUCAAAGAGCUCAACAGUUAUGAAGAUUUCUUAGAUGCUCGAUUUAAAACCAUGAGGAAAGAUUCCUUGAAUUCGUCUCAUCCAAUAUCAUCAUCUGUUCAGUCUUCAGAACAAAUAGAAGAAAUGUUUGAUUCUCUUUCCUACUUUAAGGGAGCUUCUCUCUUGUUGAUGCUGAAAAGUUACCUUAGUGAAGAUGUAUUUCGGCAUGCUGUCAUUCUUUACCUGCACAAUCACAGCUAUGCAGCUAUUCAAAGCGAUGAUCUCUGGGACAGCUUCAAUGAGGUCACAGACAAAACUCUAGAUGUAAAGAAAAUGAUGAAAACCUGGACCCUACAGAAAGGAUUCCCAUUAGUGACAGUCCAGAGGAAGGGGACUGAGCUUCUUCUACAACAAGAAAGAUUUUUUCUAAGCAUGCAACCAGAAAUUCAGGCUUCAGACACAAGCCACCUCUGGCAUAUUCCAAUAUCCUAUGUCACUGAUGGAAGAGACUAUGCAGAACAUCGGUCAGUUUCACUACUGGACAAGAAAUCAGAUGUCAUCAAUCUUACAGAACAAGUGCAGUGGGUCAAAGUCAAUUCAAACAUGACUGGCUAUUACAUUGUUCACUAUGCUCAUGAUGACUGGACAGCUCUAAUCAAUCAGUUAAAAAGAAAUCCUUAUGUUCUGAGUGACAAAGACCGAGCCAACCUGAUCAAUAACAUCUUUGAACUUGCAGGCCUUGGCAAAGUGCCUCUUCGAAUGGCAUUUGAUUUGAUUGACUAUCUUAAAAAUGAGACACACACUGCACCCAUCACUGAAGCCCUGCUCCAGACAAACCUUAUCUAUAAUCUCCUAGAAAAACUGGGGCACAUGGACCUGUCCUCCCGAUUGGUGGCCAGAGUACAUAAAUUGCUCCAGAACCAAAUCCAGCAGCAGACUUGGACGGAUGAAGGCACACCAUCCAUGCGAGAGCUUCGGUCAGCCUUGCUGGAAUUUGCCUGUGCCCACAGCCUAGAGAACUGUACCACUAUGGCAACAAACCUGUUUGACAAUUGGAUGGCAUCAAAUGGAACUCAGAGCCUGCCUACUGAUAUCAUGAUCACUGUGUUCAAAGUGGGAGCGAGAACCGAGAAAGGCUGGUUGUUCCUCUUUAGCAUGUAUUCCUCCAUGGGCUCUGAAGCAGAAAAGAAUAAAAUACUUGAAGCUCUUGCCAGCUCAGAGGAUGUACAUAAACUUUACUGGUUAAUGAAAAGUAGCCUUGAUGGUGAUAUCAUCCGGACACAGAAGUUGUCACUUAUCAUUAGAGCAGUGGGCAGACAUUUCCCUGGACACUUGCUGGCUUGGGAUUUUGUUAAAGAAAACUGGAAUAAGCUUGUACAUAAGUUCCAUCUGGGCUCCUAUACCAUACAAAGUAUUGUUGCUGGAUCUACUCACUUAUUUUCAACAAAGACACAUUUAUCUGAGGUCCAGGCAUUCUUUGAAAAUCAGUCAGAGGCAACCUUGAAGCUUCGGUGUGUUCAGGAGGCUUUGGAAGUGAUUCAGCUGAAUAUCCAGUGGAUGGCCAGGAAUCUGAAAACGCUGUCACAGUGGCUGUAGCACUCACAGCUGAUCCUCCGGUGCCCAUGGCUCUGCUGCUUUUGCAGAGGUUGAGUGAAGGCCGGCCUGCUGCUGAGUUGUUUGCACUGUUAGGAGUUCUAGUUAGCUCAGGGCCCAAUUGUAUUUUUCAUAUCUUUUCUGAAAUGUCUUUAGGUACUAGUUAUUUAUUACAAAAUUAUAUUCACCUAUAUGUCAUUCAUCUACAAUAACAAUGAAUAAUUUUUCUUUGACACACAAAUGGAGAAAAAGGUCAGAUUUGAAAUUUUGUUUUAUUUCUUAGUGUCCAGAGUAUUACUGUUACAGUGCAACCAAGGAAGGUCUGCUGUAAGAACCACUGUGUUUGUAGGUUGCUGAUUGAUCAGCUGUUUGUUGCUUCUUGUUAAAGAGAUACACCUGGAUUUUGGUAGUUACCCUAAAAGAGUGCAGUGGCAAAGAUAUUGAAGGUGCAGCUCUAGACAGAUGACCUCAGGUGUUUUUUAAACCUGAUUGGGGAUUCUUUAAAAAAAAAGUUUUGUCCAGUUUCCAAUUUUUUUCCUGCAAAUUAGCCAGGUUCUAAAGAGUUUUUCAUAUUUCUGUUAAAUUGAACAGCUGCACAGUCAGGCUCAAAGUUUCAGUUUUCCAAAUAUUUAACACUUUCUGCUUCAUCUUUAUGGUAGUAUGUAGGAAGUGUUCUGAACUGAGUUAACAUUAAUUACUUUACUCAUAAAUUCCAAUACCCCCAACUUUGUAUCCUGGUAAGGCCUUCCAUCGGCUUUCUCCCAUAGAGGAGCACUCCAUGCUUGGGAGGAGGCUUUCUCCUGUGGAGGAGCACUCCGUGCUUGGGAGGAGGCUUUCUCCCAUAGAGGAGCACUCCAUGCUUGGGAGGAGGCUUUCUCCUGUAGAGGAGCACUCCGUGCUUGGGAGGAGGCUUUCUCCUGUGGAGGAGCACUCCAUGCUUGGGAGGAGGCUUUCUCCUAUAGAGGAGCACUCCAUGCUUGGGAGGAGGCUUUUUCCUGUAGAGGAGCACUCCAUGCUUGGGAGGAUUUCUGUGAGCACUGGUGGCUUUGUCAUUACUUUCACCCAAGAAUGUAAUUUGUUUAAGUUGCCUUUUGAACCUUACAAAUCAUACCCUCUUCUCUGUGAAUCAUACCCAUGUGUGGGUUUUUACUUUAUGUUACACUGUCUGUUAAAAGCAUUUCUUAAAUAGGCUCUUCAAGAAAUUAAAGCUUUUUACUUUGAAGUUCACCAUAGUACCUUAAAGGAACAAUGAGAAUGUGGAAGAGGAAGAAGUUGAAAAUAUGGUGGGCUAUGAAUUCUUUUUUCACUGUUAAAAACAGUGAUUUUGUUUAGUUGAAAAAAUUACAGUUUUUUUUGUUUGUUUGUUUGUUUGUUUGUUUAUUAUGGCCAAACUAUGUUAAACAGAAUGGCCAAGGAUCAAGCAGAGAACAAGGGAGGGAGGGAACCCAGAGCAGAGUGUGGGCGCUUUCACUCCUUCUGAAGGAGAAGGGGUGUACUUGAACUUUUUGAGCUAUGCAGACUUAUUCCUAGAUUGUUGUGUUUCUUUGAUUCUUAGGAGAGAAGCUUUCUUCUUAAUAACUCAUGAAAAUUCUAUAUUUUGUUUGAAAACAGUGUCUAUGUACAUAAAAAGGGAAUUACUCAUUUGUGAACACUGAAAACACUCCACAGAGUCAGACCAUAGAAAGGCCACUUUUUUUUUUAAUUCAACUGUUGUAAAGUUAGAAUAUGUGGAGUUAUAUACAAAGUUAUAGUUUAUUUUAUGAGAAUAUUUUUAUAUAAUAAAAUUUUAAUGGCUGACAAGCUGAAAAAUAGCCUGCUUUAAUCCUAGAGUUUGCUCCCAAUUUCAUCUUUUCUAAAGAGUUUUUUGGUUUGUUUUUUUUUUUUAUUUGUGCUUUUUUUUAGUAGAAAAUGUUAUUCCUGAGAGUCAUAGAAUCAUCUUGCUAUUUUAGUGAAAUAGGUAAUUAUAGAUCUAUAGAUUCCCCUUGUGCUUUUGGUAAAUGUCUGACACUUGUGUUGAUACUGAAGGUUCGUAGGGUUUUAUAUUUUUAGAGUGAAGGAAAAACGCUCUCGCGGGUCUUGGUUGUCCCUUUCCAUGUUUUACCAUGUUGUAUUAUAGAUUAUGCUUUGAUAACAGGGUUUAACCUUUGCUGCCUCUCAAGAUCAGUUCAACCUUGAGAUUUACCUGCCCAUCUUCUUGUUGAUCUUAAAGUCUUUGUAAUUCUGCAUAUGGCAAAUCUUGUCCUAAAUAAUGCUUUUUUUCCAUGUAUGAGUGUGAAUGUUUGUGGUGUGCUGUGUUGUAAAUAAAGCCUUGUGAAGAUAUGGGCUUAAAAAGAGGUAAUUCUUGAUCCAGUGCUAUUAGUAGCUGCUCGUUCCCAGGAUGCUGGAGCCAUAUUUUAAGUCUUACCUUUAACCUUCACCUGACUUUUU